AUGGAUCAACGAUCACGAAAUGAUGAUUACUCGAGAGUAAAUACGACUCGCAAGAACAUUCAAAGGAGCAUAUUCCACCCGAUAAACGGUAACGCAAACGCCAUACCUCAGCCACAGCAACCGCAACCGCAAGUGUACAUCAUAAACAAGAACGACUUCAAAAGCUUUGUUCAACAAGUAACGAGUAAUUAUCACCAAUCAUGUGAGCGUUUAUCUCAAAACUCUCCAAAGCGUCAGAAGACAAGACCAGAGCCAAUAAAACAAACCUCAUCGGCUCCUACCAAUGCCACAACGGUUCAAGAUGAUCCUCAUGUGUCAUUGUAUAUGCGUUGUCUUCAAAGCUUACUUGACGACUCAUCAGAAUCUUAUAAUGGUGAUCAAUCCCAACAACCAUUUUAUGAGUAUGAAUCUCAACCUCAGGUUCCAAAACAACUCAUGACAUGUUCCAAUGAUCUUGAACCGGUCAUGAACACUACUACUUUGACCUCUACUUGGUUUGACGAUGGCUUGCCUCAACAAAUGGACGGUGCUAACUCAUUGGAGUAUCCUCAACCACUGACUCCAAACUUCACAUUUUCGUCUAUGAAUCAAGUUGGAGUUUUCUAUCCGGAUCUAGAACUUUUCUAG